CUUCCUGUGACAGCCCGACGCCCCAUGAUGGUGAGUGUGUCGCGCGUGCUGCGCUGCGGCUCCAUGUUUGCCGCGCGGCUGCGGAACCAGGAGUGGACGGGCCCUUCAGCGGGACACUACAGCACCGAGACGGCGCCUCAGAUGCCGGGCAUGGAGUACCAGGAUGCCAUCUGCACUCUGAACACCUUGCAGACCAACGCCAGUGCUCUGGAGCAGGUCCGACGAGAGCGGGGCCACCCUCACCUACAGCUCCAGGCCAUGCGAGGCUUCUUGGAGCGAGCCGGUCUCACGGUGGAGGAACUUGACCAUCUAAAUAUUAUUCAUGUGACGGGAACAAAGGGCAAGGGGUCAACGUGUGCAUUCACUGAGCAGAUUUUGAGAAGUUAUGGGUUCCGUACAGGAUUUUACAGUUCCCCACACUUGGUUCAGGUCAGGGAGAGGAUUCGAAUCAACGGGAAGCCCAUUGGGAAAGAGCUCUUCACUAAAUACUUCUGGCAGGUUUAUGGACGUCUGGAUGAAACUAAGGAUGCACAUGGAGGGAUGAUGCCGGCAUACUUCCGUUUCCUCACCAUCUUGGCUUUCCAUGUGUUUCUAAAGGAGAAGGUGGACGUGGCUGUAGUUGAAGUUGGAAUUGGUGGAGCAUAUGACUGCACAAACAUUAUAAGGAGGCCGUGGGUGUGUGGCAUCUCCUCUCUGGGUAUAGACCACACUCAGAUUCUCGGAGACACCAUUGAAAAGAUUGCCUGGCAAAAAGGAGGCAUCUUCAAGCCUGGGGUUCCUGCCUUCACAGUCAAACAACCAGAACAUGCUCUGGCUGUGCUGAAGGACCGGGCCACGGUGGUGAGAUGUCCUCUGAGGGUGUGUCCAGAGCUGGAGGACUAUCAGACAGACUGUGGACCUUUGCAUCUCGGCCUGGCAGGAUUGCACCAGCACUCCAAUGCCUCCCUGGCCCUCCAGUUGAGUCACACGUGGCUGCAGAGCAGAUGUCUCCCAGCAGAUAAAAGAUUUCCGUCUGCCAAUGCUGACAACACAGUUGCACUUCUUCAGGGCACGCCCUUCAAGCCCAGCCCCAUCAUGGUGAAAGGGCUGGCAGACACAGAGUGGCCUGGAAGGAAUCAGACUCUGAAACACGGAGCAGUCACCUACUUCCUGGAUGGAGCUCACACCCUGCGCAGCAUGCAGGCCUGUGUGAACUGGUUCAGAGAGACUGCAGCCCAGCAUGAGAGCAGAGCAAGUGGACCUGUGGCCAGAGUGUUACUCUUCAACGCCACAGGGGAGAGAGACUCUGCAGCCAUGUUGAAACUCCUGGUGCCGUGUCACUUUGACUUUGCUGUGUUCUGCCCAAACAUCACUGAGGCCGUCACUUCCUGUAAUGCAGACCAGCAGAACUUUAACGUCUCGGUGGAGCACAUGUUGACUCGCUGCCUUGACAACGAGAGGAGUUGGCGUCUUCACCACAGCAGUGGUCCUCAGCUGCUCAUCGAGGACGCCCUGCCCCUGGGCCCCGAGAAAAAAGCAGACCCCCUGGUCUUCCCCUGCAUCCUCAGCGCCCUCCAGUGGAUUACUCAGGGCAGGGACUCAGUCCUGGCAGACGGAGCUAAGACGGUCUUCACAGUCAAACCCAGUGUCAUGGCCAAAGCUGCUCCACUCUGCGACGCGGUGGAGAUCCACGUCCUCAUCACCGGGAGCCUCCACCUGGUGGGCGGAGCACUCAGACACCUCGACCUCGCUUCCUCCAAAUAACUGUGAUCAUGAGCUCGGUGAAGUGAUGGAUGGAUGCUCUGCUUCUGCACAUCUGCCCCCGGGGAAGAAAGAUCAUUCUGUCUGUGUAGAUUAGGUUUUGUAGGACAAGCUUUUUGGAUGGUGCCUUCAGGUGUCGAUUAAAAAACUGCACCCAGCUGCUGUUGUUGUCUGCCAAGAGUCAGCUGGUAUGUACGGAGCCUCAUACAGAGCCUCACACGGAGCCUCUCAGUCUUACUUGUGACUCCACCAGCGUGUGGAGCUCAUGUUUCAGUCUUACAUGAAGCCAAAUGUGUUUACAUGAAGUACAGAAGUUGGCUCCAGUGAUCUCUGGUGUCACCUGAUGAGCUGGAGUCAUAUGAUGGUUAUUCCAUCAUAGAAAAGUCUCCACAAAGUGCUACAGGGACUUUUAGUGUUUACAAAUCUAUGAAUCACUUGAUCAUCAUCAUAAGUCUUUUUUAUUGACAAUGUUCUUCACACACGUGGUCGACUGUGUCGACGAUUGGGAAAUACUUAUCAGGUGAAUUCAUGCAACUGCCAAUCAAAUGUAGUGUAAUCUGCUUUACACUGGAAUCAUAUUUAAGUGCUCCUUAAUUGAAAUGUUUCUAAUCUGACUGUAACACAUGGGGUUACUGUAUGUAUGAAUAAUGUUGAUGGCCAUACCAUACCUGUAUGAAAUACACUUACCAUCUGGCUCCUAAUGUUGUCAUGGCGAUGCAUCAGGUGAAGCUGCACCCCUUCACCCUGGAACCUCAGGAGGUUUCAGUAUAAAAUAUACCACAUGCCCUUGAAGUGAACCUGUCGCAUCUCAAAUAUAUUGAUUGAAAUUGUA